AACUCUUCAAAAGUCUGAAAAUCAAGAUGUCUGGAAAAGCAUCAAGUUCACAGUCUAGUAUUGGUUUGAGUGGGUCUGGGGCUCUUUCACAUGUUUAUAUUCCAUAUCUGCCCCUAAGAUGCAGUGUAGCUGGAUCAAGGGGUUUAUUUUAUGAUGAUGGCAAUAAGCUGCUGCUUUCCCCAACAUCAGAUCAGGUCUUCUGUUGGAAAACUGUUCCUUUUGAUCCUGUGGUUACUCCUACCUCUGAUUCAAUUAGUGAAGGGCCCAUCUUAUCCAUUCGAUAUUCGUUAGAUGCAAAGUUUAUAGCAGUCCAAAGAUCUGAUCAUGAGAUACAGUUUUGGGAUAGAGGAAGUGGGGAAACUUUUAGUCAGAGGUGCAGGUCAGAGUCAGAGAGCAUACUGGGAUUUUUUUGGACAGAUUGUCCAAUGUGUGACAUUGUAUUUGUAAAGACCAGUGGGCUGGACUUGUUUGCUUACAAUUCUGAGUCAAGAUCACUCCAAUUGGUUGAGACAAGGAAAUUACAUGUGAGUUGGUAUGUUUACACACAUGAAAGUCGCUUGGUUCUUCUUGCUUCAGGAAUGCAGUGCAAAAUCUUCAAUGGUUUUCAGCUCUCAUCUGCAGGGAUUAUUCGUCUGCCAAAGUUUGAGAUGGCAAUGGCUAAAUCUGAGGCUAACAGUAAACCUGUCCUUGCUGCUGAAGAUAUUUUUAUAGCCACUAUCUAUGGUAGAAUAUACUGCCUGCAAGUUGAUAGGAUUGCAAUGCUCCUUCAUUCUUAUAGGUUUUACCGUGAUGUGGUUGUACAACAGGGUUCUUUGCCAAUUUAUUCAAGCAAGGUUGCUGUGAGUGUGGUUGAUAAUGUACUGCUUGUGCAUCAAGUGGAUGCGAAGGUUGUUAUACUGUAUGAUAUAUUUGCAGAUUCUCGGGCACCCAUAUCGGCCCCACUUCCUCUACUAUUCAGGGGUUUCCCCAGGUCCAAUUCUUCUUCCCUGCGACCAAAUAGGGAAGAUACUGAAAGUUCAGAAGUUAAUGUUAUGAGUGACCAUGAAGCAAUCGUCUAUGGAGAUGACUGGAGUUUUCUUGUUCCUGACCUCAUAUGUGAUGUUGUUAAUCAACUUUUGUGGAAGAUUCAUUUAGAUUUGGAGGCAAUUUCUGCCAGUAGCUCAGAAGUACCAUCAGUACUUGAAUUCUUGCAGCGGCGGAAGUUGGAAGCCAAUAAGGCUAAACAAUUGUGCUUGUCAAUAGCGCGUACUGUUAUUCUAGAACGGAGACCUGUGUCUACAGUUUCCCGGGCAAUAGAUGUUUUAGUUUCCUCCUACUCCCACUCUGUUAAGACAGGCACCUAUAUUAAGGGGAUAAAGUCUGGGAAAACAUCACCUUCUAUUGUGCCACAGACGAGUGGCCCUAGGUCCAGUGCUGAUGUAUCUGCAAGUAGAGUGGAUGCAGUUGGAAAAUCCAUUAAACACGAAUCUGCGGCUGGAGUGGACAGUGAAUCGCCGAAUAGAUUUUUAAACUUUUCAGAUUCCGACUCUGAGGAUAAUGUAAGCUUUGAACCCCCAAGGACCACUUCAGAUAACGUUCAAUUGUUUGAUGGUAAAUUGGCCAGGGGGAAGUUAAUGGGUGCUGAAACUUCUGGUGGUGAAGUUCGGUCUUCAUCUCUCAAAUCGGGCAACAGCCCAUUGGAUGCUAAUGUUUUGGAGCAGCAAGAGUCCCAACCUGCCUCUCCAGUAAUUUCAUCUGAUGAAAUGUACAGUUUUGUGUUUGCUCCUGUUGAGGAAGAGAUGAUUGGAGAACCUUCUUACUUGGUUGCCAUCAUUGUUGAGUUUCUUCGCAGCGCUAAUUUGGAAAAGGUUGAAGUCCAUCCUAAUCUCUAUGUCCUGACCAUACAAUUACUAUCACGCAGUGAGCGAUAUGCAGAACUUGGGCAGUUUGUCUUAAACAAGAUUCUUGAACCUUCUAGAGAAGUAGCAAUGCAACUCCUAGAGUCUGGCCGUCAGCACUCCCUAACAAGGAAGUUGGGUUUGGAUAUGCUGAGGCAGCUUUCUUUACAUCAUGACUAUGUACUGUUACUAGUGCAAGAUGGAUAUUACCUUGAAGCAUUACGCUAUGCACGGAAAUACAAGGUCAGUACCGUACGACCUUCAUUGUUUCUCGAGUCAGCAUUUACCUCCAAUGACUUGCAACAUUUAGCUGCAGUCCUUAGAUUCUUUUCGGAUUUCAUUCCCGGAUUCAGAGACACAUCAGAUCACGACACUUACUACCGCAUUCUCAACGAGAGAAACUCAUCCAUUGCUGCUUGAAUUUCCUCAUAGUAUGCCUAGGACAACAGAGUAAUGCCAUAAUUACGAAGUGCGUUAGUGCUGUAUAAGUAUUCAGAACGCCUUUUUGCAAGUACCACAUAUCAGGUAUCUGAGAUUUACAACCCUUAAAUGGGAUAAAGGAUGAAUAACUUGUACUUUUUUUCUUCUGUGUUUUAUGCCAGGAAAGAAAAAACAUGUGCAUGGUUUUGAGUGUUCUUUUUUCUCGUUUAUUCUGUGAUGCAUUUUCGGGUAAUAUACUGAAGAGUUUCAUUUUUUACUGGGUAUGAAAUAAUAUCCAGCUGAGAUAUGGGUUUUUU